AUGGACAAUAUGGUUGAUUCUCUAAGUAGUGCCUAUGAAGAUUUUGUUGCUGCAGCAACAACUUUUCUUGAAGCCAAAGAAACUUCCGGUGACCUUAAAGACGCAGCAACAGAGACAGCCCUUCGAAACUUUAAGCAAAAGUGGGAAUUGUUUAAAGUAGAAUGUGAUCAAGCCGAGAAGUUUGUGUUUUCUGUGAAAAAAAAGAGAAGAGCAGAGUGUUAUUUACAUAGUCGGACGAAAGUAAAUAUUUAG